GCGGCGUCGCGGGUCUCCGGCAGGCCGGCGCUCCAGCUCCCCUCAGCCCCGGCCCGCGCCCCCCGCGCCCCGUCCCGGCCGCCGCUCCCGCGCGCCCGGACCCGACCCCCACCCCGCGAAGAUGGCUGCCGUACGCCGGGCCCGCAGUUACUGCCGCUGCCUGGUCCGCUUCUCCGACCGAGAACUCUGCUAAGCCCGCUGCGGUAGACAGGCAGGAGUAGACACCGGACACGGCCCCUCCGCGGGCGGCGCCGGAGCCGGCCCCGGGCCGCGGCGAGCCCGGGCAGCAUGGCAGAAGCCGAGGAGGAUUGUCACUCUGAUGCUGUCAGAGCCGGGGACGAUGAAGACGAGAGUCCUGCGGGAUCAGACCUGCAGACACAGCUGCAGAUGUUCCGGGCUCAGUGGAUGUUUGAGCUUGCCCCGGGCGUGGGGGCCAGCAGCUUGGAGACCCAGCCUUGCAGAGCGGCAAGAGGCGCCCCACUGAAAGCAGUGGCAGAUACCAAAGGGAAACAAGAACUGGCAAAGGAGGAGAAGGCGCGAGAACUCUUCUUGAAGGCAGUAGAGGAGGAGCAAAAUGGAGCCCUCUAUGAAGGUACGCCUCCUCUUGUGGACGCAGGCCAUCCGCCCGCCCUGAGGGCGCCCACGCCUUCUCCUGCCGAGGACUUCCCCAGUGGGGCUUCAUUCUCCGUGUUCUGAAGUCAGCUCCUCAGCAAAAACAAAACUUUGUCCAUGGCCUGUCUUCAAAAG